AGAUUUGAGAUCAAGAAGUGAUCAAACAUCUCGACAUGGAUUUUACAAGUCUAUCAACAGAGAAAUGAAUUACAACCCCGAGGCUCGAAUAUUCGAGUGUGUCCCUCCAAAAUAAUUUUAGACUUUCGACUUCGAAAGUUUUUUGGACUGAAGCCAUAAUCUACAGGUCUUGGGGGAGAACAUUAAAGAAUAAUGCCGGCCGCACUUAAUUACCGUCGAGUGGCAUGGAUAUUUGGGAUCGUGAUUGCCCUUCUCAAAGUGAUCGAUGAUGCAAAUGCUGUAUCUCCAUUGCCACGAGGUGAAAAAAAAUCGAUAUUAGUUGUCGGUAGUGCUAAUGCCGACACGUUCUUGCCCUUAGCUCGGCUACCCACUGAAGGCGAAAACCUGACCCUUCUUCCGGGAAGGAUCCCAACCGUGGAUGUCCCUGGCGGAAAAGGAUGCACGCAGGCGGUUGCGGCGGCAAAACUCUUGCGAUCCUCUCCGACGUCCUCUUCCAUCUCGAAAUGCUUCUUUAUUGGCCAGAUGGGUCUCGAUUCCGCCGGGAAUAUGCUGAGGUCGGCGCUGGAGGAGCAAGGCGUCGAUUGUUCACAUUGUGGCUAUCACUCAGAUCUUCCCAGUGGACGGGGCUACGUCUUUUUACAAGCCAAUACGGGAUCGGUCUCGGCUAUUGUAAGCGGGGGAUCCAAUGCCCUUGGAUGGGACGAUUGGGAACGUGCAUGGAAGAAACGACAAGAACGACAGAGCGAUGGGAGGCCUAUCAAACGGACCGAACUGGAGGAGAAACUGGGAACAAUCCUAGAAGAGGAAGGUGUUCGGUGCGUUCUAUUGCAGCGUGAGGUACCAGAAUUUGUCAAUUUGUUGGUUGCCUCCUGUGUCAAUGAUUACAACAAAAAGAUAGAGGAUGACCAAUCCGGUAGCAAAAAAGUUGUGGUCUUUCAAGAUGCUGGUGGAGAAGACCGCCCUAUCUCGGGUCAAAUGCUCAAGCUUUGUGAUUUCAUUGUGCCAAAUGAAAGCGAGGCGAAACGAUUGAUCGAAUCGUCUCCACCGAUUGGGAAAAGUGCCGAAGAGGAUGCAAUGUACUACGCUAAUGAACUGCAAAAAAUGGGUUCGAAAAACGUCUUGGUGACAAUGGGUUCGUCUGGCUCCCUACUGGCAAAGCAAACCGACGAUGUCGAGGAAGAAUCUGGUGACGCCUUUGGCAGCAACACAGUAUUCUCACCGGCCAUUCCUUGCCUGGAGGGAAGGGUUGUAGACGAAACCGGGGCCGGAGAUUGUUUCCGGGCGGCAUUCGCCGUAGCGCAUGCUAUAGAAGGUUGCGAUCAUACUACGGCCUUGAGGUUUGCAAAUGCUGCUGGUUCUUGUUCGGUGCAAGUCCAGGGCGCGGUCCCAUCAGCACCCUACCGGAAAGACAUCGAAAAACGAAUCAACUCAGAAACAGGUGUGAGAAGCGAAGACGKCGGCAUCUCUCCAUCUUUGGCAUCGUCGGGUGCUUUGAGAGGAGGAGACAAAAAGGGAUUUGACGUUUCUUUGGAACGAGCCAAGACGACGCAUCCCCAAGCCUUUAUGGUGCAGAAAAAUGCCAGCAACGGUAGCAUCGAUGACCAAGAUGGGUUCCUUGUCAGAGGUGGUGACAGUGAAGAAAGUUACAGCAGUGAUGCCUUUCCUUUUUUGAUCGGUUCUCGGUUGAACAGUAUGAAGGAUCGACCGGAGCUAUGGCAAGGCAAACCAUUGGAAACGCCCCGGGAUUACGUAAAACGCCAAGGCACGAUUAAUGGACUGACGUGCGUCGAUUUCAACUAUCCGCAGCACUUUGGCCCUUCUGCUUGGUCUUCAUUCGAUGAAGUAAAGCAAAGCCUGAAAGACGAAGGCUUGGUGGCGGGUGCCGUUUGCUUGCGAUAUCCUUCGAAAUUCGCCCGGGGAGCCAUGAACCAUCCAGAUCUUGCUAUGAGAAAGGAGGCUCUGGAGUUGACCAAAGAGGCUGCAGAAGUGGCCACGGCUCUCGGGUGUGACGAGGUCGUGAUUUGGAGUGCAUUCGAUGGCUAUGAUUAUCCAUUCCAGGUAGCUUACGAUGAAAAAUGGGAUCAAUUGGUGGUUGCCUUUCAAGAAUUGUGUGAUUCCUUUCCCAACAUCAAGUUUUCUCUGGAAUACAAACCUACCGAUGAAAACACGAGGUUUUUCACCGUGCCGACAACCGGCGCAGCCUUGCUACUGGUGGAAGAAAUCGAUCGUCCCAACAUGGGUUUGACGCUAGAUGUCGGUCACAUGCUAAUGGCCGGCGAGAAUCCAGGCCAGUCUAUUGCCAUGGUUGGACGAAAGGGAAAACUUUUUGGAAUCCAACUAAACGACGGCUUUACCCGACUUGCGGCCGAGGAUGGCCUCAUGUUUGGAAGCGUUCAUCCCUCUGUGGCACUCGAAAUUAUGUACCAGCUCUACAAAACGAAUUUCCGGGGGCAUUUCUACUUCGAUACCUUCCCCCAACGGACCGAUCCAGUCAGGGAAGCCGAGUACAACAUUCGGCGGGUGAAGCGAUUUUGGCAGGCGGCUUCCGAAGGCAUCGACGAAUCGCUCCUCCGAAAAAUCAACGACGAGCACGAUGCUGUCGGAGCUCUGGAACUUGUCGAUGCCUCGUUGUGGGAUGAUCGUAGCUCGUAGGACAACAUCCUCAACCGUUUCUUCUAUUUUAUACAGUAGCUGUCUAAUUUGCGCAUCGUGCGACGAUGGUCGACUUUCGUCCCAGGUUCAGUUCUCUAUUCAAUUUAAUAGUU